AUCAGGACCGCACACCAUGGAGCUUUUCACCAAAACUCUGUUCCUGUGCUUAGCACUAGCCCUCACUAAUGGAGCACCUGCGCCUCCAGAAGAUGCAGCAGUAAACGAUGAACCAGAGCGCCUUAAAACUCACUGUGAGCACCACAGAGACAAAGUCCAGACCACCAGUCCAGAGGGACAUCGUAUAGUUGGAGCCUAUGUACCCCAGUGUGAUGCAGAAGGACAAUACCUACCUCAACAGUGCCAUGGUUCCACUGGCCAUUGUUGGUGUGUGGAUGGAAGGGGUCAGGAGAGAGCAGGAACCAGGGCUCCACCUGGUACACCGUCUGUAGACUGUGACAGACCAGAGCGCCCUAAAACUCACUGUGAGCACCACAGAGACAAAGUCCAGACCACCAGUCCAGAGGGACAUCCUAUAGUUGGAGCCUAUGUACCCCAGUGUGAUGCAGAAGGACAGUACCUACCUCAACAGUGCCAUGGUUCCACUGGCCAUUGUUGGUGUGUGGAUGGAAGGGGACAGGAGAGAGCAGGAACCAGGGCUCCACCUGGUACACCGUCUGUAGACUGUGACAGACCAGAUGCUGCUCUUCCAGACCGGUGUGCAGGUAUUGAGUUUGAUGCCAUUACUCCUGAUGAGAAAGGAAACAUGUUAUUCUUCAAAGGUAGCCACUUGUGGCCGGGUUUCCGUGGUCCAGCUCAGCCCUCCAAUGAGUCCUUCAAGGAGCUUGAUGACAUGCAUAACAUCGGCCAUGUUGAUGCUGCCUUCCGCAUGCACAACACAGAGAACCCAGACGAUCACGAUCACAUCUAUUUCUUCCUGGAUGACAAAGUGUUCAGCUAUUACAACCAUACCCUGGAGGACGGGUAUCCAAAAGAGAUCCAGGAGGACUUCCCAGGGGUCCCCACUCAUCUGGAUGCUGCUGUGGAGUGUCCCAAAGGAGAAUGCAUAGCUGACUCAGUUCUAUUCUUUAAGGGAAAUGAUGUGCACGUUUAUGAUAUUACCACAAAGACAGUGAAGACCAAGACAUGGUCCCACCUGCCUGUCUGCACCUCUGCUACACGCUGGCUGGAGCACUACUACUGUUUCCAUGGACACAACUUCACCAGGUUCCACCCGGUAUCCGGACAGGUGAGCGGUGACUACCCCAAGGACGCCCGCAGGUACUUCAUGACGUGCCCCAACUUUGGUCAUGGAGGUCAUUAUAAAGUCCUGAAAUGCAGUGAGGUCAAAAUAGAUGCCAUCACCACUGAUGAUACAGGAAAAAUGUAUAUCUUUGCAGGCCCCAUCUACAUGCGUCUGGACACCAGUCGUGACGGACUUCACGCCUUUCCAAUCACCAGGGCGUGGAAGGAGGUGACCGGCGGAGUGGAUGCUGUUUUUUCCUACACUAACAAAAUCUACUUGAUUAAGGGUGAUCAGAUUUACAUCUAUAAAACAGCUGCUCACUACACCCUGAUUGAAGGCUACCCUAAAACCCUGAAGGAGGAGCUAGGCAUUGAAGGACAUGUGGACGCUGCUUUUCUCUGUCCCAAUGAACAUACAGUUCAUGUAAUCCAAGGACAGAAAUUGCGCGCCGUUGACCUUACCGCCUCACCCAGGGCCGUGACCCAGGUUCUGCCCAUGUCCUUGUCCGACAUCGAUGCAGCUGUGUGCGGUGAAGAAGGAAUUAAAGUGUUUAAGGGCUCACAGUUCUACAACUAUGAAAGCCCCAGGUUACUGGCUUUGAGCAGAAUCGCCCCUGUGCCUCAAAAUAUUACCAAAGCAAUGAUGGGAUGUGAGGAAUAGGAGUCAGGGAUGACAGAAUGCUUCCCGGACAUCUGCUUAUUAGUUCAUCAAACUAUUCAUUCCCCUCCUCCACACACAAAAUAAGUGACAUCUAUCACUAUCUUUACAAGCAGACUGGCGGUAUGGAAUCAAAAUCACUUUUUAAAUGGAGAGUAAAGAAAUACAUAUGUGAGAUGUUUUGAAAAAUCCUCCUCCCAUGCAGAGUGGAGUUGUGAGUGAGUGAGUUGUUUGAUGAAUAAAAUGUUGAAAACUA